AGGACCAAAAUAACUUUUUCAAUGAAGUUUCAAUCGAGAAACUCCGUAAAUAGCGGAGUAGGUCAUGUUUCAAAGAAUUUAUCAAAGAAGAUAUAUUCGUUUUUUUAUUACGCUAUCAUACAAUGAUGUCUCUAUUGAACCGUUAGUUCGGAGCCGUUGAUCUGGAGCCGUUGAUUCGUCGCCGGCCCCGGAACGGUGGGCCUGAAGCUGGCUCCGCAGCCGUUGGAACGGAGCCGUGAGUGCAGAGCCGUUAUUCCGGAGCCGACUACGGAGCCGUUGGUGCGAAGCCGGCUCCGGAGCCGUCGGAGCAGAGCCGGCUCCGGAGCCAUGGGUGCAGAGCCGGCUCCGGAGGCGUUGGUGCGGAGCCGGCUCCGGAGCCGUCGGAGCGGAGCCGGCUCCGGGAAAAAGUCGGAGCCGUUAGUCCGGAGCCGGCUCCGGAGCCGUUGGUGCGCUCCGAAACGCCCAUCACUACCAGCGACUGUUGCCGGGAGCCGUUGGAGACGACGAACGAGUUGAGCUUCCAUUUCUGCACAGCUUCUCGAGGCGAGCGGACGUGUUUCUCCAAGCCCGUACGUGCUUUCAAGAACAAGUUCGCAAGUGUCAAGAACAAGUUGGUGUUGGUGCGAUUGAAAAAAAAUUCUUUUGAUAGCGUCGCACAUCUCUGUGUCCAAUUAUGGAUCUAAGCAACAAAGACGACACCGGCUCGGCUAAGUCAAUCUGGCCGAUGGAUACGAAGGACGGGCCGGCGGCUUCGGCCUCACGCAUUCCGCCGAUGUCGGCGUCCCCGCAGCAGCAGCAGCCGAUGGAGUUGUCGGUGGGCGGCGGGCAACCGGCGCGUCCACCGACGCGCCGACCGACGCGCAGAGCGGCGAUGAAGACCGGGGGAGGGCCGGUGCGGUCCUUUAAGCGCCCGGCGCCCCCGCCAAUGGGUGCCGCGGGCCGCAGCGCCACAUCGUCGCGGCAGGCGGGGGAUGGUUUGGGCGCGAUCCGGCAGCGCCGCAAUAGUACGGUCGACACAUCGACGGCGGCAGGCGGGCAGCUGCGGGGAUCCAGGCGCACGGAGUGGGAAGACGAAACCAUUGCGCGCCAGCAGCGCCAAGCGGACUCGGAGAAGGAGAACAAGCGCGAGUGAGCUCUUGUGUUCCGGAGGACUUUUUUUUUUACUUAAUGCGUUGAUGAACUGUUUUCUUGCAUAGAAAUAAACUACCAAAAAAUCGUUAAUUUGAAUUAAGGCCUCAAUCGACACACAACCAUUGUAAGAUGCGAAGCGAGACACCCGAUGUGCCAUGACGAAUUACAAAUAAAGAUGAGUUCAACUUA